CUUUGAACACGAUAGUGUUUUGCUCGGACCACUACGCUCUACCGUCUGGUUAGUUGUUUUACACCAAUCAACAUGAAAGGAACGUUAGCCGUUUUACUGCUAGGACUUGCCGUGGCCACCGGCUUCCGGCUAACCUCGGACGAUGAGUACGAUCCCUUCGAACCGUUCAUUGCCGGCGGAACCAAUGCCGUUCUAGGACAGUUCCCCUCAAUCGUAGCCGUAGCUGUUCCAGCGCCCCCAAAUAACGCCUUCUGCGGAGGCGUAAUCCUGAACGCUAACCACAUCCUGACAGCGGCUCGUUGUGUCCUCACGGCCCAAAAUACCCUUCUCUUCCCGAAUCAGGUCACAAUCCUGUCCGGCGCGCUCCAACUCAAUUUCAACGGCCCCCGAAUCAACAUCGCCGCCAUCUACGUCCACCCGCAGUACAACCCUUUCACUUUCGCCAACAACCUGGCCGUGCUUCGCACAGCCAUCAAUUUCUUCCCACCGGAAGUGGCCGUUCCGAACAUCGGUUUCGCCGUCUUCCACGAGGAAAUCCCCUUCGAUACCAUGCCCUGCCAGGCUGCCGGUUGGAACAACAACACCGCGGCUCCAAUUCAGCAGUUCAUCAACGCCCCGAUCUUCAACCGAGAUGCCUGCAAUGCGCUACCCGUUAACCUAGGUCGUAUCGCGGAAACCAUGAUCUGUGCUGGGGUGAUCAAUGCUGGGCCCGGAGUUUGUGCCAGUAACAUGGGUACCGGGCUGUUCUGCAAUGGGCAGCUAGCGGGUGUUCUUUCGACUGGGUUCGGUUGUGGUACUGCGAAUAACCCCGGUGUUUAUACCCAGGUGCGUCACUUCCUGCCCUGGAUUAGGGAACAGUUCAACCGGCAGGAUGUGCCGAUGGGGGGAACUUCGCCCAUUCCGGUGUGGUAAAUACUCAAUAUGUUUGUAAGGAGAGUGUUUGAAAAUAAAUCUUAAAUUUGUUAAAA